AUGGCUGAACCAAUUCCAUCGGCCACUGCAGCUGCAGAUGCUGGCGACGAUGAAACCGCCCAGAAUCUCCCUCCCAACGCCGAAGAUCGCAAGGCUGCAGCUGCGCUCAAUGCACUCAAUGCGACUGGCAUGUCGCACGAGAAUGGAGACAGUGCUACUAAAGGUCCUUCUGCCGCUGACCAGGAGGCCCUGGGAAAGGCUAUGUCUAGGUUAGAAAUAGCAAGUGGUGUGAGCAAGAAGAAGGAGGACAGCAAGAAGACCGAGGCGAAGAAAGAGGUGGAAACAAAGAAGAAGGUCAAGAUUGCUUCCGAGGACGUCAACUUCCUAGUCGAAGAACUGGACCUCACGAAGAACAAAGCGACAGAACUGUUGCGGUCUCACGAUGGUGACGCAACUCUGGCUGUCAAGGCCUUUAUCGCCCCGUCGGUGAAAGUCUGA